CAUAACAGCACCUAUUUCAACCUUUCGAUUCUUUUGAAUAAAUCAGUGCCAAAGUCAAGAUCCCUCUUCGACUUCGCAGCACUUCAUAUAAUGUUCAACUGGAUUUUGAAAAAAUUUACAAACUACAGUGAAAGACCUCAACGCGACUCACAGAACCACAUGAGGAUCCGCAGAAGAAGCAAAAACAGCCGGGCUCGUAGUCGCGAGAGGACACCAGAGAGGCGUGGCAGAGACUAUCGAUCACGUACACCCCCCAGAUUCAGGGCGAGAGAUAGGGAACGAGACAGGGACAGGGACACGAAUCGAUACCGCGACAGAGACAGGGGAAGGGAACGCGACCGGGAAGGGGGCAGUGAAUGUGACUUGGAUGAUGGUCGCAGACUGUACAAUGGUAAGGAUGGUACCAACAGCAAUGUACUGCAUGGUCAGUACUCAGCCAGAUCGUCGUAUCUGAGAGGCGGGGAUCGCGAGCGGGGAAGGAGCAAAGACCGCAGUCGGGACAGGGGCGGAUAUAGAAGUCGAUCCAAAAAACUAGGCAGACAAGAAUCACACCGCAAUGGCACGGCUUAUGGCGGUGUUAGCGAUAUCCAGAGGGCAAACCACAGGCAAGAGCGUCGAGGAGGGGACAGCCGCGAUCGCAAUGAUUACCACGACAGGAACGGAAGGCGUACGGCCGAGUAUGUUUACUCGGGGUCGGGUGUGAGUGGGGGAAGCAGGAGGUAUGGGAGAGAUAGGACGAGUAAGUGUAGACGAGAUGGCAGCAGAGAAGUAAACAGCCGGAAACGCCGACGGGACUAUGACACAACGUCUAAGAGGGGCCGUGAGCACGAUGGCGCUCAGGGCUACACGGGCCACAGCGAGCGCGACAGUCACAGUGGAACCGACACGCGCCGCAGCAGCAAGAGGAAAAGCAGGAAGCGACGGCAGUCGUGUGACGAUGCGGAAGGCCGGCUUAUUGUUAUACCGGGCGAUUACCUACACGGACAGCGAUACAAAAUAAUUAAAGAACUGGGCGAGGGGACUUUCGGGAAGGUGAUAGCGUGUCAUGAUACCAAGCUGAAUAGAGAGGUCGCCGUCAAGGUGAUCAAGAAUGUUCCUAAGUAUCGUGACGCGGCGAAAAUAGAGAUCUCCAUACUGGAAGCCCUGCAAAAGCACGAUACGAGAGGCGACACCGAGGUUAUACAUAUGCUGUCGUCAUUUGAUCAUCGGAAUCACAUGUGCAUGGUGUUCGAAGUGCUCGGGGAGAAUGUCUAUGAAUUCAUUAAGGAUAACGGCUACCGAGGCUUGCCGUUUCAUCACGUGCAAAGCAUGGCGCGUGAGUUGUUGAAAGCUGUCAAAUUCAUACACAGCAUCAAACUCACUCACACGGAUUUGAAACCCGAAAAUAUUCUGUUUGUUAAUUCGAGCGAUUACUUUGAGCUCACACUACCCAGUCCGAAUAAUGUGGGGUAUAGUGAUGACAAUAAGCGCUACAGCAACAAUAGCAAUGGCGCCAGUGAGAGUGGCAGUGAGCGAGACAGCCCAAAUGAAGUGCAUGGAAUUGAAAGUCUGACUGAAGGCCUCGGCGGACACGGUGAUGAAGCCACGGAAAGUAGGGACGUUGUAGGUCAAAGUGGGAGUAUAAGUGAUACCGAGAGGGACGUGCUGUAUGACGAUCGUGAGGCCAGCAGUAAUGGUAGCACAUCUAAGGCUGAGAGGGACCGCACGAGUGUAUAUGUAAAUAAUAUUUUGCGUAAGAAUGUGGCAUCCGAUGCUUCUGAUAAUCCGGAUGAUAAGAAAAGCGCCACAAGGACAGUCAAAGUUUUGAGAGACCCCAGUAUCCGGCUAAUAGAUUUUGGUUCGGCGACGUGGGAAGAUCAGCACCACACAGCCAUUGUGGCCACACGACACUACCGACCUCCUGAGGUUAUUCUGGAAUUGGGCUGGUCCUAUCCGUGUGACAUCUGGAGUGUCGGAUGUAUAUUGUUUGAGUUUUACACCGGCGAUGCCUUGUUUCAAACUCAUGAUAGUCUUGAACAUCUGGCGAUGAUGGAGGUUAUUCUGGAGAAACGUGUGCCGUCAAGCAUGCUCCAAGACACUAAGAAGGUUAAACUGCUAGACAGCUCUCGAAAACGGUUGGCGUGGCCGGAAAAAGCACCGGACGACAAAGCUAUAGAGUAUGUGGAGCAGUGCAGGACGCUGAAAUCUCUCAUGCACGAACAAACCGACGAGCAUAAUCAAUUUCUGGAUCUGAUUCGAAAUCUUCUCAAGUAUCGACCGGAAGAUCGACUGACAGCGUCUGAGGCAUUAAGGCAUCCAUUCUUCGAUGCAAAGCUCUAGAUAAAACAAUGUUAGGGCGUUUAUACUUAAACAAUUGACAUACUUCAACAGCUGUAUUAAAUAAUACGCUUUGUGUGACCGUAUAUCCAGGGUCAAGAUGAUACAGCUUAACAGUAUAGAAGCUCAGCCUAGAUCGUUACAGAUGUAUUGUAGAUAGAAAAUAAAAGGUCCUGGUAAAUUAUAGUAUGCUAAACCUCAGCACCUGCGAGAUUGUG